GAUACGCCACGCUCCGGCAACUCGGGGAUGGCACCUACGGCUCCGUGCUCCUUGGCCGCAGCCUGGAGACUGGCGAGCUGGUGGCCAUUAAAAAAAUGAAGAGGAAGUUCUACUCAUGGGAGGAGUGUAUGAAUCUCCGGGAGGUCAAGGUACCUCAUUGUGGUGCCGCCUUAGAACAGGCCGGAGCGCCGCGUCUCCCGGAUUGUCAGUCACACACCGCCGUCGUAGAGCGGGCCGGAGCGCCGCGUCUCCCGGAUUGUCGGUCACACACCGCCAUCGUAGAGAGGGCCACAGCGACACGUCUCCGAGAUCCAUUGUAGAGCGUUUUCGAGAGCGUCGGUCACACGCCGCCAUUGUAGAGCGUUUUCGAGAGCGUCGGUCACACGCCGCCAUUGUAGAGCGUUUUCGAGAGUGUCUGUCCCACACCGCCGUUGUUGAGUGGGCCGGAGCGACGCGUCUCGGAGUGCGUCGGUCACAUGCCGCUGGUCACGCACCAUCAUCCUGCUUGUCGGGUUUAGGGAAUUCUCUGCAUUCUUGACUUUGGGGUGACAUUAGACCAUGGGAAUGAAUAAUGGGCAUUGAUCGUAGCUGGGGGUGAGGUUGGAUCGGCCCAGGCCAGGAUCCUGCCAAGCUUUUAACUUUUAGCUUGUGAAGCACUACCUGGAACAUUCUGGAAAAUGGCAGGAUUCUGCACAGUGGUAAAUCGCUCAAGCCUUCGCUGCCUAACCAAUGUCUUAUGCUGUUUUUGCCCAUGACUCGGAGCCCCCCCCCCACCUAGUUAAAUCGCAGCACUGCUCAGAUACCAGCACAGACGAUACAUCGCUGAAAAAACUGAACCACGCCAACGUGGUGAAGCUGAAGGAAGUCGUUCGGGAAAACGACCAUUUGUAUUUCGUGUUUGAGUAUAUGAAAGAGAACCUGUACCAGCUGAUGAAAGACCGGAGUCGGCUGUUUCCAGAGUCGGCUGUGAGGAACAUCAUGUAUCAGAUCCUGCAAGGGCUGGCCUUCAUUCAUAAACACGGGUUUUUUCACCGGGACAUGAAGCCGGAGAACCUCUUAUGCAUGGGUCCUGAGCUGGUGAAGAUAGCAGACUUCGGCCUGGCGCGGGAGAUACGGUCCCGGCCCCCCUACACGGACUACGUUUCGACAAGAUGGUACCGCGCCCCUGAGGUUCUCCUGAGGUCCACCAGCUACAGCUCUCCGAUCGACCAGUGGGCGGUGGGCUGUAUCAUGGCUGAACUCUAUACGCUGAGGCCCUUAUUUCCUGGCUCCAGCGAAGUGGACACCAUCUUCAAAAUCUGCCAAGUUCUGGGGACGCCAAAGAAGAACGAUUGGCUGGAGGGCUAUCAGCUGGCUGCAGCCAUGAGCUUUCGCUGGCCGCAGUGUGUGCCCAGCAACCUGAGGACCUUGAUCCCCAACGCCAGCACUGAGGGCAUCCACCUGAUGCGGGACCUACUCCAGUGGGACCCCAAGAAGAGACCAACUGCCAGUCAGGCUCUCCGGUACUCGUACUUCUUCGUGGGUCAGGUUCUGGGGACCCCGCAGCAGAUCCAGGAGCAGGGCAGACCCCAGCCGGCCCCCCUGCAGCUGAAGCCCUUGCCCCCCCCACAGCCUCCGCCCCAGCACCGCUUGCCCUCUCGUCCCCUACAGCAGAUCCAGCCUGGCCCCUCGCCCCUCUACCAGCAGAGGGCGGAACCCGAGCAGGAACCACGAGAGCCGGCCAGCAAGAUGGGCGAGGCUUUGGGGCUGCCGCAACUGCACCUGCCGCUGCUCCACGGCAUGGGAGGGCAGCCGGCUGCACAGCGGCUGGCCGAGGAGACCGAGAACGCUAACCUGGCCAGCUACCUGACGAAGCCUCGAGCCGGCCGGCGGCGCUGGGGCCACGGGGAAGGGACCCUGAAAGCUGACGACUGGGGCGAUUACGAGGAACCGGAAGCGCUGGCGGCAGGCGCCCUCUGCAGGACGACGUUGGCCAAUGACAAGCGGAGGCCGGGAGACGAGGCCCUGGGCAGGUUUGGAAGCGCCCAGGACUUCAGUGGCACCAAUGGAGCUGAUGUGGUUGGGCUCGGGAACGCCAAUCUCCCGCCGUCUCACCAGGACCCGAGUGUGACCCGAGCAGCAUCUGCCAAGCAGCAUUACCUGAAGCAAUCUCGUUAUUUACCAGGGAUCAGUUCAAAAAAGAUGGUGGCAAACUCAGAAAAGGAUCACAGCGGAAACAUCCUGUGGGGGCGGAACAGCAUCCCCAUGGGAGGAGGGACGCUUCUCAGGGCUGUCCAGGGUGCCAACACCCUUCCAAGUGCAUAUGUGUCCUCAUCUUACAAAAAGGAAACGGGCUUCGCUGGGCAGAGGCGUCACAUGGGGCUUGUCAAGGACUCGCCAGUGUCGAAUUAUGCAACAUGGAGAUCAAAUCGGAAUGAAGUUGCCGCCACAUCAUAUAUUUCCUCGCCAACCAAGAGCACCCCUGGUCUCAGGCUCCGCCCCCCUGUCGCACCUGUACAUGGUCGUACAGAUUGGUCGGCCAAAUAUGGGCACCGUUAGUGACUUAUGGUGGCCUGGUGGCCAGCCUCCAAUUGGCCACAUUGGCUUAACACAGCCAAUCAUGUUUUACGCUGGUAUUUUGAUAUAGAACAUGUACAUACAUGAUAUGCAGCAAUAAUAUCUGUUUUGUAUUUGUCUCUGUAUAUAUUGUACAAGUAAAACUAUUUUAUAUGGCUAAAUAUGCACUUGGCCAGAAUUGUUGUUGUUUUUGAUGUGUGUUUUUGUCAGAUGGAAUGCACAAUUUAUUGCAGGGUCGAUGUCAAAUUUAGUAUUUGUGACUCAUCCAGAAUCUCCAGCCUGUGUCCCCUUUUUGUUUCUGUAAUCCAGUGUUCACACAGUUAGGGUCCUGUGUUUUUUUUUAAGACCGAAAGAAUGAGUCUUGAGUUUUUUUGGCACCUGUUCAGGAGCCAUAUAUGCAUUCUGGACCCAUGUUUUUUAUAUGCAGUGAUUAUUUGGCAUUUAAAAAGUCACUGUGAUUUCACCAUGGAAAAUAUAGGACUGACGUGAUGGUUUUUGUGUGAUAUGAUGGUGUUCAUGCUUCAUUUUUUAUCUGAAUGUCUUAUUUUCUGUUACAGUUGUCAUUGUUUACCUUUUUAAUUUAAAUAAUAUUUGUGCAGGUUCAGUUAUCCAAUUUUUAACUUUUUGUUAACCGAUGACCUGCUCCAUAUAGCAGCGUAUCCAAGUUAUUAAAGUAUUGUUGAACUACAAAUUCUUAGUGUGUUGUAACCAUAUAUAAAUAUUACUUGCGGAUAUAUAUUCUCUAUUUUAUUAUUCUGUCCCAUUGCAGUAAAUGUGUUGGCUGUUUUUGAAUCAUGUUUUAAAGUGUCAGUUUCUUAUUUUCAUAACUACAUGCUAUAUUAUAAAAUGUAUUAAAAAAAAAUAAUAGCAAGGCCA